CUUCUGUCGGUUCAGGUUCAGUGUUGCGGCGUUUGUCCUGCCUCCUCGCGGUGCGCAGCUCUCAGGGAACGGAGCGGUUUGCACUUUUUUUCAUGAAAGCCCUUUUACCAUCAGUGAGCGCUGGGCUUGAGGGGGAGCAGGUCUGAAGGGCCCAGUCUGGCUGUGAAAGGCAUCUUUAUACCUCAACACAUGGCGUUGUAGUAUAAGCACAUCUUCUGUGGAUUUGUGGAAGGGACCGAAUUUUAAAGAAAGUCGCCCGUUUCCUGUAGCCUACAGCUGCGGGCGCUCACCAUGGAGAUGCAAAGGUGGACCACCAGGUGGAAAACGAAAAGGUGGCUAUGGGAUUCAACGCCAACCGCUGUCGUCACGUUAAUUGUAAUCCUGCAGGUUGCCAGUGUCAGAGCAGCUGAACCCGUGGAUGUACUCAAGGUGCUAGACUUCCAGAGCUCUCCUGAAGGAGUUCGGAAAACCCCAGGCUUCUGCACAGUCCGGAGGGGAUCCAAACCCGACAUCGCUUACCGAGUGGGAAAAAAUGUUCAGAUCAGCGCUCCAACCAAACAGCUCUUCCCAGGGGGCAUUUUCCCAGAAGAUUUCUCUAUCCUGUUUACCAUCAAGCCUAAGGCUGGUCUCCAGUCCUUCCUGCUGUCCAUAUACAACCAGCAAGGUAUCCAGCAGUUGGGUGUCGAGGUGGGCCGUGCCCCCGUCUUCCUGUACGAAGACCAGCAUGGCAAGCCUGCCCCUGAGGAGUACCCUUUGUUUCGUUCCAUCAACCUUGCUGAUGGCAAGUGGCAUCGCGUUGCUAUCAGCGUGGAGAAGAAAAGCGUCACCAUCAUCGUGGACUGUAAGAAGAAGCUGACCAGGCCGCUCGCCAGAAGCGACAGGGCCGUCAUCAGCACAGAGGGCAUUACUGUCUUUGGAACCCGAAUUCUGGAUGAUGAGGUCUUUGAGGGCGACAUCCAGCAGCUGCUCGUAGUGGCAGACCCCAGGGCAGCCCUCGACUACUGUGAACACUACAGUCCCGACUGUGAAACCCCCAACCACCACGACACCCCCCAGGCUCAGGAACCUGAGGACCAGUACUCUAACUAUGACUAUUCAGAGAUGUACGACUACGGUGAACCCACUGUAGUCCCCGACGCUCCCCCAACUGAAAACACCAAGACCGAGACAAAUGUGGGUAGGGACUACUACUUCGGUGCGUAUGACUACGGCACAGAUGACGGAUAUCAGCCUGAAACUCCCACAGAGGGUACAGAACAAGGCCAGAAUUACGAUGAGGAAACAGUGGAAGAUUACGUCACCGGUGCGGAAGAGGUUGGGGCGGACCCCACCGUUGCCGUGGAAACCGCGGUGGACCCACAGGUGAAGGCGGAUCCCGGCGCAGACGAGUUUAAGGAAUACGACCUGAAGAACUAUGACAACAAAGAGCUUGUAGAGAAGCCGUACGACUACGGUGAUUACGGUGAUUACGGCACCACUGACGCCAAGCCCACGCCCGAAACGUAUGAGGAAGAGUUCGGUCCCGGCGUUCCAGCGGAGACGGACAUCAGGGAGAGCAUGGGUGGACGUCAGAGUUACUUGGGAGAAAAAGGAGAGAAGGGCGAACCCGCUGUCAUUGAACCAGGGAUGCUUAUAGAAGGACCCCAAGGAGCCCCUGGCCAAGCAGGUAUUCCUGGUACCCCAGGUCUGCAAGGUCCCCCAGGAACCCCAGGAGAUCCCGGUGAGAGGGGUCCUCCGGGGCGUCCUGGCAUUCCUGGUUCUGAUGGAGUCCCUGGGCAACCAGGUACCAUUCUGAUGCUCCCAUUCCGUGCAGGCGGCGAGUCACAUAAGGGACCUGUAGUUUCAGCCCAGGAAGCUCAGGCUCAGGCCAUCCUGUCUCAGGCCAGGCUCGCAAUGAGAGGUCCUCCAGGGCCAGCGGGCAUGGCAGGAAGAUCUGGUCCUGUGGGAGGCCCAGGUUCUCCUGGACUUAAAGGUGACAGUGGGGAUCCAGGGCCACAGGGGCCCAGAGGUCUUCAAGGUUCAACUGGUCCACCGGGGAAAUCAGGAAAGAGGGGUCGUAACGGAGCAGACGGUGCUCGAGGAAUGCCCGGGGAGGCGGGGGGAAAGGGCGACCGAGGCUUCGACGGCCUCCCCGGUCUUCCUGGGGAGAAGGGACACAGAGGUGAACAAGGCUCUACAGGUCCCCCAGGACCUCCAGGAGAGGAUGGCCCACGUGGCGAGGAUGGCCAGGUCGGACAGAGAGGGGUGGCUGGAGAGAGUGGCCCCAGAGGUUUGCUCGGCCCCAGAGGUUCUCCUGGUCCUGGCGGACAGCGAGGCCUCCCUGGACUCGAUGGGCAAGCUGGUCCCAAAGGAAACAUGGGUCCGCAAGGAGAGCCAGGGCCUCCUGGGCAGCAGGGUAUGCCUGGUCCACAUGGUCUUAUUGGUCCUCAAGGUCCAAUUGGUCCCCCUGGUGAAAAAGGACCUCAAGGGAAGCAGGGUCUGGCCGGCCUCGCUGGUGCUGACGGUCCUCCAGGUCACCCAGGCAAAGAGGGUCCUGCGGGCGAGAAGGGAGCAGCUGGUCAUCCUGGUCCUAUGGGAUCCAUCGGCUACCCCGGGCCUCGUGGUGUGAAAGGUGCUGAGGGAAUCAGAGGCCUCAAAGGUGACAAAGGAGAAAAGGGAGAAGAUGGAUUCCCUGGCUUUAAGGGUGACAUGGGCCUCAAGGGUGACAAGGGAGAGGGUGGCGUGCUUGGACCCAGAGGUGAAGAUGGUCCUGAGGGUCCUAAGGGCAAGUCAGGACCCAAUGGUGAAGCUGGUCCCAUGGGCUCAGCUGGAGAGAAGGGAAAACUCGGAGUCCCUGGAUUGCCUGGGUACCCUGGAAGACAAGGCCCCAAGGGCUCCAAUGGCUUCAAUGGAUUCCCCGGGGCAAAUGGCGAAAAGGGAGCAAGGGGAAUCGCUGGCAAAGCUGGCCCUAGAGGACAACGUGGCCCAACGGGUCCACGUGGGGGGCGUGGUGCCAGAGGACCAACGGGAAAGCCAGGUGCAAAGGGCACCUCAGGCAACGAUGGACCUCCCGGCCCGCCAGGAGAGCGAGGACCUCAAGGACCGCAGGGACCUGUCGGUUUUCCCGGACCCAAAGGACCUAAUGGACCAGCAGGAAAAGACGGCCUGCCCGGUCAUCCUGGACAGAGAGGAGAGACGGGCUUCCAAGGGAAAACUGGGCCUCCAGGACCUGGAGGGGUGGUUGGACCGCAGGGACCAACCGGAGAGACGGGACCGAGUGGAGAGCGAGGACAUCCAGGCUCCCCUGGUCCACCUGGUGAGCAAGGUCUACCUGGAGCUGCUGGAAAAGAGGGUGGAAAGGGUGAUCCAGGUCCUCAGGGUCCCAGUGGCAAGUCGGGACCUGCCGGUCUGAGGGGCUUCCAAGGGGCAAGAGGUCUUCCAGGGGCCAUGGGUCCAGCUGGCUUGAAGGGAGGAGAAGGGCCUCAGGGUCCCCCUGGCCCCAUCGGUUCUCCUGGAGAGCGAGGUGCUGCAGGCCCCGGAGGUCCCAUUGGCCUAACGGGACGCAACGGCCCACAGGGACCGCCUGGCCCCGCUGGAGAAAAGGGUGGUCCUGGAGAAAAAGGUCCCAUGGGUCCCGCUGGACGUGAUGGCAUUCAAGGUCCAGUGGGUCUUCCUGGUCCAGCUGGUCCACAGGGUCCCCCUGGAGAGGACGGUGACAAGGGAGAAGUUGGCGGACCUGGACAGAAGGGAAGCAAAGGAGACAAGGGUGAACUCGGUCCACCAGGCCCAAGUGGUCUGCAGGGUGUGGUUGGAGCUCCUGGUCCAGCUGGCAGCGAUGGCGAGGCCGGGCCAAGAGGACAGCAGGGUAUGUUUGGCCAGAAAGGUGACGAAGGACCCAGAGGGUUCCCGGGUCUGCCAGGACCCGUUGGACUGCAGGGUUUGCCCGGCCCUCCUGGCGAGAAGGGAGAGAACGGAGACGUCGGGGCGAUGGGUCCACCUGGUCCUCCUGGCCCCAGAGGUCCACAGGGUCCCAGCGGAGCCAAUGGUGCACAAGGUCCUCCUGGAGGUAUAGGUGCAAUGGGAGGCGUUGGCGAGAAGGGAGAAAACGGCGAAGCUGGCAACCCGGGACCCCCUGGAGAGCCUGGUAUCGGAGGUUCUAGAGGAGAGACCGGUGAGAAGGGAGAAACCGGCCCUCCAGGAGCUGCCGGUCCCCCCGGUGGCCGUGGACCCCCUGGCGAUGAUGGUCCCAAGGGUAACCCUGGUCCUGUCGGCUUCCCAGGAGACCCUGGUCCCCCUGGUGAGCCCGGUGCUGGUGGUCUUGAUGGUUUACCUGGAGACAAAGGAGAUGAUGGAGAGGCUGGACAACCUGGCCCUCCAGGUCCAUCUGGUGAAGCUGGAGUCCCAGGACCUCCGGGCAAAAGGGGACCUGUUGGACGAGCAGGUCAGGAGGGAAGACAAGGAGAAAAGGGAUCCAAGGGAGAAGCUGGAGCAGAGGGACCCGUUGGGAAAACGGGACCUGUUGGACCUCAGGGACCUGCUGGAAAAUCCGGUGCCGAAGGUCUGCGUGGAAUCCCCGGCGCCGUCGGUGAGCAAGGACUCCCUGGUGCCUCCGGUCAAGAUGGCCCACCCGGCCCUAUUGGACCCCCCGGACUUCCUGGAAUGAAAGGUGACUCUGGAUACAAGGGAGAGAAGGGUCAUCCAGGCCUCAUCGGUCUGAUCGGACCUCCUGGUGAACCUGGAGAGAAGGGAGACAGAGGUCUGCCCGGACCUCAGGGUCUUUCGGGUGGCAAAGGUGAUUCUGGUGCCGGAGGUCCUCCAGGUCCCCUCGGCCCUCCUGGUCCUCCUGGAAUACCUGGGUCUCAAGGACAAAAGGGAUCGAAGGGCUCAACUGGUUCAGCUGGUCAGAAGGGAGACACUGGACUGAUUGGACCCCCUGGACCACCUGGCCCACCUGGUGACAUCAUCCAGCCACUGCCCAUGCAGCAGUCCGGCGGAAAGACCAGGCGUCAUGCUGAGAUGCAAGGAGAUGAGGCGCUGGCCGACUACGGCGUAGACGGCGUGGGCAUGGAGGGCAUGGAGGACGUCUUCGGCUCUCUCAACAACCUCAAACAGGACAUCGAGCGCAUGAAGUUCCCCAUGGGCACGCAGGACAACCCUGCCAGGACCUGCAACGACCUGCGCCUCAGCCAGCCUGACUUCCCCGACGGUGAAUACUGGAUUGAUCCAAACCAGGGCUGCAUUGGAGAUGCCAUCAAAGUGUACUGCAACUUCACGGCAGGUGGAGAAACAUGCAUCCACCCGGAUAAGAAAUCCACAGGAGCUAGAAUAUCCAAUUGGCCCAAAGAGGCUCCAGGUUCCUGGUUCAGUGAAUUUAAACGUGGCAAAAUUUUGAACUACGUUGAUGUGGCAGAAAACACCAUCAACGCGGUGCAGAUGACCUUCCUGAAGCUGCUGAGCUCCUCGGCACGUCAGAACUUCACCUACAUUUGCCAUCAGUCCGUGGCCUGGUACGACGCCAAGGCUGACAACUACGACAAGGCGCUGCGCUUCCUGGGCUCCAACGAUGAGGAAAUGUCUUACGACAAUAAUCCCUUCAUCAAGCCGCUGAGUGACGGCUGUUCGCUCAAGCAGGGCUAUUCCAAGACGGUGAUGGAGAUCAACACUCCCCGCAUCGACCAGUUGCCCAUCAUUGACGUCAUGCUGAAUGACUUUGGGGAAUCCAACCAGAGGUUUGGCUUCGAGGUUGGCUCCGUCUGUUUCCUCGGCUAGACACGCCCCCACUCCCCGCUGAAGGACAGGGUCAGAGGGUAUAUAUUAACACCCCACCCACAUGCUGAGAUCUGACAACCUUUACCUUCUCCCCGCGCAAAGCACAAACCUGUGUUUUCUUUUGUUGCCAAGAAGAUCCACACAAGGAGAAGAAGCGCCCCACCCCCCCAACCCGACCCCACCCCAGCCCACCCCCAGGCCCUGUCAUAAAAGCGCUGACCAGGGGGAAACUACUCCUCGCCCUUGUAGGGCCAGAAUCACAUGACUUUAAGUUAGUAAUGGGAGUGACAUCAGGAAAAGGACAUUUGAUGCCGUGGCGGACAGUAGCGCACUUUCAGCAGCAGAGAGAGGACCCACUCACCCCAAGCCCCAUCCUCCCUCGUCCUCCACCUCCCACCGCGCCUCCCUCUCUGGAUGCUCCAGGUGCUGCUCUGAAUAGAAACCACAGAAGUGCUUUUGUGCAGAAUCACAAAACACUCAAGGUGCUACAAAAAGUGCUUUUUGAUAAAACUGUAAUUAUUAUUAUUUUGUACAAUAUUGUUCCUUUCCGAAUCCACUCUAAAAAAAAACAUACAAAAAAGUCUUGCAUGUGCCCCCCCGAACUCUUGAAGUUUGAAUAAAUAUUCGGUAGGCUAUAUAAGGACAAAUCAAAUAAAUAUAUUUAAUGUCUGUUAAAAGAAAGUGAAAGCAAAAUGACAUAAAAUCGACAAAUUUGUAAGUGUGAAAUAAUCUUUUUUGUAAAUAAUACACCUUUCACUAUUUGACUUUUAUGAGAUAAAAACAAUGGAAAGCGACACUUAAAGCAUUUUGUAUUUUUUAUUUUUUUUUCCUGACAAACCAGUCGGUGUAACCAUUUGGAAGUCAAGCCAUGAUUCAAUGAGAUACUAAUAUAAAUCUUCUAACUAAUAAAGGGCUUUUUCCUCCAGAAAGAAAGAUGUUAUACCUCAGUUGUUUUUUUUUUUAAUUAUUAUUAUUUUUAUUAUUAUUUUGGCUAAACCAGUUUUAUCAUUAUUUGUUCUAACUUACAAAGGGAAAUGAUUUUGUGUGAUUCAAUUUGCCCAUUUGUUCUUCAUAGAUUUAAGAAAACAAAAAAAAGCCCUGUUGAAAUUUUCCUUGUAACAGUGAACGGAAAUGUUUGUGCCUUGAAUUGUUCAUUCAAAAAUAUUAAAACUGGAUUCUGAAAAAUGUCGGGUUGAAUGUCUGUAUUGUCGUGAAGGAGUAGUGCUCUUAUUGUGAUUCUGCGCUGCCUGAUACAUAUUACCUUCCUUCACUAUGAUAAUUUAAGAUUAGGAGGAUUAGUGGCUCCGAGUGAUGGAUUGUGUCGUGCCUGGGCGCCGUGAUCUCUCCCAGCUUGUUUCUUUUAUUUUUUUUGUUUGUUUUUUCCAUUACCCCUCCCCCUCCACACACACACUCUCUGAUAAAAAUCUGUCUGCACCUCCACGUCCCUCUGCUUAAAGCUAUGAUAGCAACGACUUCAGAGCCGCUUCUCCAACCUGUGUAAUUACAGCAUGUUGACAACCUAUGUACAACUGAAAUAAAUGUUUGGUGCUUUGCCAAAUGCACGUUUGCAUUCA